AUGUCCUUCCCUCAGCUGGGCUUCCCGCAGGUGUACGGAGCCGAGAGAGCGUCUCCGCCGAGGGAUGGAGCCUCGGAGAGCGGCGGCGGAGUCACCGGGAGUCCCGCGAGCUCUGCGGCUGCGCUCGCGCCUCUGCUUGGCGUGUACGCGCAUCCGUGGAGCGCGCACCGGUAUGGAGCCUUCAUGCCGUACAGCAGCGCCGAAGCGGCUCUCCUCAACCACAUGGGUUCCCAGUACGAGCUGAAGGAGAACCCUGGUGCUCACCCAGCUGGAUUCGCGGUGCACACCGCACCCGGUUUCUACCCGUACGGUCAGUACCAGUACGGAGACCCGGCGCGGGCCAAGAGCGCCACACGGGAGACCACGAGCACGCUGAAAGCCUGGCUUCAGGAGCACAAGAAGAACCCGUAUCCCACUAAAGGCGAGAAGAUCAUGCUGGCCAUCGUGACCAAAAUGACCCUGACGCAGGUGAGCACGUGGUUUGCCAACGCGCGCCGCCGCCUCAAGAAGGAGAACAAGGUGACGUGGGGGCGCAGCGCCGACGACGUGGACGGCUGCGGGUACGACAGCGAGCGCGACGCCGACGACGAGGACGAGAGCGCGCACAAGCACGAGCGCGACGAGGAGAUCGACUUGGAAACCGUGGACACCGACGAGGCCGAACAGGAGGAGCGCGGGGACGUGCGCAAAGAGCCGAGCGAAGAGGCCAAGGCGCGCGAGCAGAGCGGAAGCGCGGACGCGCCGAACAGCCCCGCCGGCUCCGUGGCCGCGAGUCGUGACGUGAGCGCGGGGAAAAGUGGCUCGGCGGAAGUUUCUGUGAACUCCAAACCCAAAAUCUGGUCUCUCGCGGAAACAGCGACGAGUCCCGACACUAACUGUCAGAAAGCAGUGACUGCGCACCCGGCGUUUUUACCCACUAACGGGAUUUACACGUGUCAGAUCGGGAAGCUGAACAGCUGGACUGGAGGCGCUUUCCUCGGAGCAGGAUCUCUGAUCGGGGUGCGCUCUUUAAUGGGAGUGAGUCCGAGCAGCCAUUACAUCACCGCCUCCAGCGCGCACACUGAGAGUCCCACACACAGCCUCAGCCCACAGCACAGCACCGACCAAGAACAUGUCCAGAGAACUGAAUCUCCAGCACUUCCUCUGAGGCCAUCAUUUCCGGUCAUCCACGACAGGUCUCACCAUGAAACAGCACAGCGAGCUCUGAAGACUGUUUCCUGA